AUGGAAGAUGAGAGAAAACAUGGCAUCUUUGUUGAAUCCAACAAGAUGGUGAGCCAUGUUUGUGAUGCAGCUUCAAUGAAGAAUGUACUAGAACUGAAAGUAUGCGAUGAAGAUACUCCCUUCAGGGAUGACCAGCUUUGCACAGUUCUUUUUGAUAUAGCUCAGCUCCAGCUUGGUGAAACAGUCUGCAGGCAUUUUGAACUGAACCAGCAGAAGGAUGAGGUGCUGGAAGUGGAGUUCACUUUGGAACAGAUGCCAGAUUUUCCUGAAAGCCUUGCUACAAAUGGAGUACUGGUGUCUCGGGAACUUGGCUGUCUAAAAGUAGAGGUUUAUGGAAGAGAAAAGAAGAAAAAAGAUAGAAGAGAAGAAUUCACAUUUACAUUGAAAGGAUCCCUUGAAGAUACUCAGAGCAUUUUACUGGGCGAUGGUUCUAGAUAUGCCCCACCAAACUCCACAGUGUUCCACUAUGUCAAGUACUGUAACCCACACCUGGAAGUGGAAUUCCCAAAGAAAUGCUGCAUUUGUUGUUCAGAUAAAGGGCACACGAACUCCCUAACUUUGCCCUUGAAUCAGCUUCGCAUAGGAGAGAGAGUGGAAAUAUCAAACGACAAAGCAUAUAAUGUAUUUGUGACAGCAGAAAACUGCCAGAAUGACCUAGACAUGCGCUUGGGAUUUGAUGUAUGCCCAGAGGAGCAGGACUUCAUUUGUAAGCGGAAGAAAUACGUUGCUGCUGCUUUGAAAAAUGCUCUUAAUCUUCAAGAUGAUCUGCAGGAUGAUGAGGUUCCCAUUGUGGCUGUGAUGACAACAGCAGGUGGCGUAAGAUCCAUGACUGCGAUGUACGGCAGCCUAUUAGCUCUCCAGAAGCUGAAUCUCUUAGACUGUAUUUCAUACACCGCUGGUUUAUCUGGCACAACAUGGACCAUGAUAAAUUUAUAUGAAGAUGCCAAUUGGUCUCAAAAAGAUUUGGAAGCGCAUAUCAGUGAUGCUCGGAAACAUGUCAUGAAAAACAAGCUUUCCUGUUUUUCUCGGAGGCACUUAACAUACUAUGAAAAGGAAAUCUGUCAGAGGCACCAAGAUGGAUAUAAGCUAUCUUUUAUAGAUCUCUGGGGGCUCAUUAUUGAAUCCAUGUUUAAUGAUGAGCCCAAUCAUCACAAGCUCUCAGAUCAACGACAGGCUGUGAAUCUGGGUCAGAACCCACUUCCCAUCUACCUUGCUCUCAAUGUCAAAGAAAGAUACAGCACUCUAGAUUUUAAAGAGUGGGUGGAAUUUACUCCCUAUGAAGCAGGCUUCUUGAAAUAUGGAGCUUUCAUUAAUGUGGAACAUUUUGGAAGUCAGUUCUACAUGGGCCACUUGACAAAGAAGCUGCCGGAAUCUGAGCUCUGUUACAUGCAAGGCAUGUUGAGUAAUAUAUAUUCCCAGAGUUUGCUGGAUGCAUUGUAUUUAGCUGACUGUUCAGAAGACUUCUGGCACAGGUGGACAAGAGACAGAGUGGUGGAUAUUGAAGAUGGUACUCUGCCCAGCAUGCCUCGCCGGCCAGAUGUACAGCCAACACGCCUCUUCACCCCCAGCGGAAGCCUCACCGAUGUGCUUAGAGAUGUUGUAACAAUGCGGCCAAUUGUUGCAGAAUAUGGCAAUUUCAUGAGGGGCCUCCAAGUCAACGAUAAAUACUUGGAGAAUGACAGGUUUUCAAUGUGGAAAGAUACUGUACUAGAUAAUUUCCCCAACAAGUUGAAUGAAACACCAGAAUAUUUGGAACUGACAGACACAGCUUUUUUCAUCAAUACCAGCUGCCCACCGCUUCUGAGGCCAGAGAGGAAAGUGGACCUUAUUUUACAUUUAAAUUAUAGUGGAGGAUCACAGACAUUGCCAUUGGAUCUAGCUACAAAAUACUAUGCGGAGCAGGGCAUUCCAUUUCCCAAGGUUGUGCUGACAGAUGAAGACAGGAAGCAUCUCAAGGAAUGCUACCUCUUCGACAAAGCAGAGAGUCCAGAGGCUCCCAUAUUGCUGUAUUUUCCCCUGGUAUGCGAUACCUUCCAAAAAUACAAAGCUCCUGGUAUAGAACGCAGUCCUAGUGAGAUGGAGGAAGGCCAAGUUGAUGUCAGCAGCACUGUAUUUACCCCAUUUGCUACUGGUGCACUGCAGUAUUCAGAGGCUAAUUUCAACAAGCUGUUAAAUUUGACCAACUACAAUAUCCUCAAUAAUCAACAUAUGAUUCUUCAGGCUCUGCGUACAGCAGUACAACGAAAGAAGCAGCAAAAGCAACAGUCUCUAUGACUCUCUUCUUAACCCUCUCCAAAUGUAUUUUCUGCAUUUUCUGCCACUUGCCAGUAUUACAGAAAUGGGAACUUGCUAAUUAUUAUUUGUGAUUUAUGUGCCCCAAGUGUACCAAGGUGCUCUGUUAUUUUGUUUGAAUACAAAUAUGGUAGGAAACAAAUUGGGAGAUAGUGACUGAGAGACAUCUACUCGCAAUUGGUCACCAAUGAGGGGCUGGAACAUGGUCGUCUUAGGCUCAGGUCCAGCACUACAAAGGCUUUGCUAAAAUAUAGACCUGAGUUAUAUUGCCUCAGCAACCGAAGCUUAGUGACAAAAGCCAUUGACAAAAUGCGAAUAUCUAUAAUAGGCCUCUAAGUUUCAGGUCUUAGGUUUUGUUCAUAAAUGCAUGAUUGUCACUUGAUGAUGGCAAUAUGAAGCAGCCAUUACCGAUCAAACAAACCAGAACAGAACUCCCCUCUCACUUCAUAUCAACCCAGAUACAAUACCUUGAAAUGGAGAAAGUUUACAUAUUCAGCGCGAGCUCAUUGACUGAGACCAAUAUGUUAUCGAGUGAUGUACAUACAAUGUGAAUUUGUUCUCAGUAUCUUCUAGAGAUAUGAUAUUGGUUUUCAAUACUAUAAACUAUCAUGAAGCAAUGGAGUGUUCAUAUGUGAAUCAGCCUUCCCUAUGUGAAAAUUCAGAUCGAGAAAUACUGUUAUGUGUUUGGGGGGUGCCAGACCUCUAAAUUUCUGGAUCCAGUUAAGUGCUAAAAGCUAAUCAGGCCAGGCUAGCUUCCUGUGUUCAGGUAAUUGCCUGGGCGAAGGGCCAUUAAAUGAGAACAAAGGAAAAGGUGACAGGCCAUUAAGAAAGAAAGGCUCUGGGCCAGAUGGCGAAUAGAUAGUUAAAAAGACAAAAGUCAGAGUUUAAAGUGAAGUGUGUGUAAUGUCGCCUAGAGGUAAAGUUGCAGGCUAGAAAGGAAAAAAGGGCAAAGCACAGUAUUUGAAUCCAAGACUGUAGCUACGGGAGAAGCAAGACCCUUUUUGGGG